CAAAAUACUAGCAAAAACGGGGGAAAAUAAAUGUUCAAUGAUGUACUACUAUGUUGCAAUUAUCGCCUUACUCAUGUCCAUCAAUUUCUCAUUUGCAAAUGUAAUUCAAUACAAUAGGGUUGACUCCAUAUAUCAAAUAGGAGAUUCACUUGCCGAUACCGGCAACUUGAUCCGAGUUCCUGGUAAUGGUACAACACUUCCCGCUGCUCGCCCUCCUUAUGGUAUAACUAUCGGCAGACCCACAGGUCGUUGGUCUGAUGGCCUUCUCAUUAUCGAUUAUUUUGCAUUGCGUCUUGGCCUAUCGCUUCUUAAUCCGUAUCUGGAUGCAAAUGCAUCCUUCGUAAAUGGAGUGAAUUUUGCUAAUGCUGGCGCUACUGCUCUUGAUUUCCCUUAUUUUAUGCAAAAAGGGAUCAUGAUUCUACCUUUCGUAACUCCCCUCCCCGGCCAAAUCAAUUGGUUUAGACAAUACCUAGGCACGAUUUGCUCGUCGUCAACCGAAUGUUCAACCAGGCUAAAAAGUUCACUGGUGUUUUUUGGGGAGAUUGGAGGAAAUGACAUCUACUAUCCCUUACAACAUGGCAGAUCUCUUCAAGAGAUACGCACUUACAUACCAUCCAUCACUGAAGCCACUGUUAAAGGCAUAAGAGACGUAAUAGGGCUUGGCGCAACGCGAAUAGUGGUCCCUGGAAAUUUUCCAUAUGGUUGUCUCCCAUCCGUUUUGACCCUAAUCUCUAACACGACUGCAUCAACCCCUCAUGAAUUCGAUCAAUUUGGAUGUGCGAAAAGCUACAAUGAUUUGGCUAUGUAUCAAAAUGCCUAUCUCCAAAAUGCUUUGAACUCUUUGAGAGUACAAUACCCUAAUAUUACCAUAGUCUACGCUGACUACUUCCGGGCUUUCAUUUCCAUUUUUGCUCGUGCACCAAUUCUAGGUUUUGACACGGGGACAUUAUUGAAAGCUUGUUGUGGGAGCGGUGGCAAGUACAACUCUGACGGGACAAUUUUUAACUGUGGAAGACAAGGAUCUUCUAUUUGUCCAAACCCUAAUCGUUACAUUAGUUGGGAUGGCCUUCAUCUAACACAAGAGGCUUACCGUUGUAUCUCCGAAGUCCUAUUUCCAGUGAUCCUCCCAAAAUUGCUUUUAGUUUGAUUCCAAACAAAAAUGUAUACUAGCUAAUAUUAUAAUAUAUACACUUUUUCUUGGUACGUACAAUAGUAUAGAUACACUUUCCAAAACGUAUGUUUGAGAGCGACAAUGAAAGAGUUUCUUUUAUGGAGAUAAUAUCUUCU